AAACUUCCGGGGUCAUGGGUGAACAGAGCGGAAGUCAGUCCACGCUGGUUGGAAAAGCGCGGAGUGUGCUGCGUGUGAUUUAGUGAUUAAAGUUGAAGUAGUGCAGAGUUAAUAAUAAUAAUAAGCGGUGAGUGAGAGGUGAGGGAUGGAGGGGAGGAAAGAGAAGAGGCCGCUGGUGGAGGAGGGAGGCGCUGCUGGAGGCGCCGCGCGUGAGGAGCUGAAGAGGAGGAAGCACAGUGAGCAGCUGAAGGCUUUAGGAGAAGAAGAUGAGUCUGUGAGGCUGCUGGAGGAGCUGGUGUUCGGAGCUGAGGAGGAACUGCUGGAGCGCUUGCAGCACAGUGAUGAUGAGAAGGAAGACGAGGACACAAGUGACUCGGAGACAGAGAACGAGGCGAGCCUUCAUGUUCCCACGGAGAGGAAAGCCGUGUGGGAGGAUGAGGAUGAUGAAGUGGAGGAAGAUGUGGACAUGACACACCGUUUCCGUAAGGACUUCACUCGGAGUGAUGCUGAGGCGACCAUGUCCAAACACAGACUACAGCAGCGCCUCAGACAGCAGUUCCAGAAGGCGAUGGGUGGAGUCCCAUCCUGGGCGGAGAUUACUGUAAAGAAAAGCAAGAGGAAAGGUGAUGACGACGAUGAUGACGACGACGAUGAUGAUGAUGAGUUGCUAAAGAGGACAGGGAAUUACAUUGCAGCUUCUGAAACACUCCCUAAAGGCAUUAUUAAGAUAAAGAAAUGUCUGAAUGCUAACAACGCUAACCCAGGUGAAGGUCGCCUGACCUCGGUGCAGUUCCAUACGUCUGCUCAGGUCGUCCUCACCGCUGGCCUUGAUCACACCAUCUCCCUGUUCCAGGUGGACGGUAAGACCAACCCCAAGAUUCAGAGCAUCCACCUGGAGAACUUCCCGGUGAAUAAGGCGUGUUUCAGUGCUGAUGGUGAGCAGGUGGUGGCCACGGGCAUGAGGAACAAACUCUUCUACAUCUACGACAUGAUGGAGGGGAAGAUCAUCCCUGUGCCCAGGGUCAAAGGUCUGAGUGAACAGAGAGUGAAGGAGUUCGAAGUUUCUCCUGAUGGACAGUUCCUGCUCCUCACCGGCUCCUCAGGGUUCCUCCACCUCAUGACCAUGAAGACGAAGGAGGUGGUGCGCAGUGUAAAAGUUAAUGGCAGUGUGUGUGCAGCAACAUUUAACUCGGAUGGCAGUAAAAUCUUCACCAGUUCAGAGGAGGGCGAGGUGUAUAUCUGGGAUGUGAGGAGCAGUAAGUGUGUGAAUCGGUUUGUAGAUGACGGCUGUGUGACUGCGACGUCGCUCACUGCGUCUAAAGACGACCGAUACCUGGCCUGUGGCUCCCAGUCAGGUGUGGUGAAUAUUUACUCUCAGAAGGAGUGUGUGAACAGCUCGUCUCCUAAACCCCUGAAGUGUGUGAUGAAUCUGUUGACAGCCGCCACGUCGCUCAGGUUCAACCCCACGUCUGAGAUCUUAGCCAUCGGCUCACGUGCAGAGAAUGAAGCUGUCAGGCUGGUCCACAUUCCCAGCUUCAGCGUUUUCUCCAACUUCCCUCUGUUCCACAAAAAAACCAUCUACAAACCUCACUGCAUCGACUUCUCACCUCACAGCGGCUUUUACUCCAUCGCUAAUGAUAAAGGACAGGCUUUACUCUUCAGGCUGCUGCAUUAUAAAGACUUCUGAGGAUGUGUACAUCACGCCAGGACACGCGCACACAAUUACACCACGUUCCAACUUUUUAAUAAAACGUAUUUUUGACCCAGA